CAAACGGAGGAGGGCAGUGAUGCUGCGUCUACCCUAUGGUCUACGCCGUCAAAAAGGAGGAGAAAAAGAAAAGAGGGCGACCUCGUCAUCGCACUAGAAGAAGAGCCAAUUUUGGAAGAGACAUGGCUUCCCCUGCCGGUUGUGAGCAUUAUGUGCGCAGCUGCUUAUUGAAAGCACCCUGCUGUGGUAAACUGUAUGUGUGUCGGCUGUGCCAUGAUGCAGAGGAGAACCACCAGAUGGAUCGAUUCAAAGUCCGAGAGGUGCAGUGCUCUGAGUGUCAAACAGUGCAGAAGGCGCAGCAGACUUGCCAGCAGUGUCAUGUGCAGUUUGGGGAGUAUUACUGUGACAUUUGCCACUUGUUUGACAAGGAUAAGAAGCAGUACCACUGUCAGCCCUGUGGAAUAUGCAGGAUUGGGCCCAGGGGGAAGUAUUUCCAUUGUGAAAAGUGCAAUCUGUGUUUAGCCCAGGAUCUGCGGGGAAACCACAAGUGUGUUGAAAAUGUUUCGAGGCAGAACUGCCCAGUGUGUAUGGAGGAUAUUCACACAUCCAGAAUUGGAGCUCACGUUCUUCCAUGCGGCCAUCUUUUACACAAGACCUGCUUCGAUGACAUGGUCAGAACAGGAGCGUAUCGCUGCCCCCUGUGUAUGCACUCUGCCUGGAACAUGGAGGACCAAUGGGAUCAAAUCGACAAUGAGAUUGCCCAGUCACCGAUGCCCACUGAAUACCAGGGUGCUACUGUCAAAAUUAUAUGUAAUGACUGCCAAGCCCAUUGCAUGGUGCCUUUCCACGUGCUGGGGAUGAAGUGCAGCGGCUGUGGCUCGUACAACACAGCACAGGACGGAGGACUGAUCCAGCAGCCUGAGCGACAGCAGCCUGAACAACAGCAGCCUGAACAACAGCAGCAGCCAGAGCAGGACGCUGAGAACGAGGCAGAAACAGACACAGAGCCAGAGCAGCAAGAUCCACCUCAGUCACCCACGCCACAUUAAGAUUGCAGCCAACCACACUGGGGGACAUUUGUGCUUUAAACAUUUGACUGGUGCACUUACUGUACUAACUUACAUUGAGUGUAACGGUAGACUGAGCCAAUAUUCCCAGAUUGUACAAAAUACCAAAAAAAAAUCCAUCUAUUUUC